UUCCUUUUACACUGUAAGUCGCCUUAUAAUUUAUUUUAUAGUUAGCGAUAAAGCUGUUCAUGAUGGAUUAGUGGUUUCUGUUUUUGCUAAUAUGACCGACAACUGUGCUGGAAGCGUCACGUGCAGUAAGAUGAAUGAAAAGGAGAAUGCACGGGUUCUGGGACCUCGCCUCCAACGGCGAUCACUUCCUGCCUCAAAGUCACCAUCUCCCCAAGUGCCAAAACCGGCCCCCCUGUCCCAUUUGGCUCUAGCUCGGAGGCCCCUAAGAGACACUAAAAACGUAAUAAAAGAAUCCAACCGUCAGGCUCCACCAGCUGCCUUGACUUCAACUGAAGGAAGUAGGAAAUAUGGAUGGGAAAAUGUGAAGCAGUCUGCUGUCACCUGUAACGUGGCUGUUCCUGCAACUGGUCAGACGGGACGGCUGGUAAGCCAAGCGUUCAAGGGCGGCUUUGACUCCCAGCCAGAUUUAUCCUUGGCUGAGAAUGAAGAGGGUGAAGUGAGCUGUGAAGGGGAGAGAUUUCCCAGUGCUUCCUCUUUACUGGAAACCCAAAAACUGCUCCCUGAACUGCUGGAUGAGGCAGCACCCCUGUAUGAAGGUCAUCCAGCUUCAGAUAUUAUGAAUCGGACCUGGUCAAACCCAGAAGGCCCCUUUUUCCCAUCUCUCCAGAAGGAGUUGCAGGAGGGAGAGGACGAGGAAAGCAGCCAGAACGGCGUCAUCCAGCAGGGUGGAAAAUCUGUGUCUCUGAGGCCAGGGUCUGUACACGCUUCCCUCAGACACAAACGUUUUGAGGCUAAGCAUCGUAAAUGCCUCACCCCUAUAUUUGAAGUGUCCCCUCUUAAAGAGGGAGAGGCUGUGGAAACAGCAGGUGGAGACAUUGAGAGGAUAGCUGCACUUUAUCAGAAUUUUUUUGCAGAAGAGUGUGCUGUUGUAAUCGAUAAUAUCCGCCGAACGUCAUACCAGGAGGUUCUGGGAGGAGGAUUUUCUGCUAAAAGUUCUACGGACAUGCUCGACAUUCCCAACAUCAAAGAGGAAUCUCUUCCAACCUGGAACUACCUAAACACUAGUCUGGAGGGCUCUGCUGUGCCACUGGAAUUUGAUGUCGCCCAGUGUGAUGUCAGCUUUCUGCCUUUGAACCUGGAUGGCAAAAGGGGUACAGAUAAAUCGGAGGAAAACCAGGUGGGGAAAAUUCCGGAGUCAAGAGGAUGCAAUCUAACUUUCAGCCUAGAGGACGAUCUGUCUGUGCUUAUGGGAAAGACCCAGUCUAUCCAUCAAAGUGAGGCCUCAGAUUCUUUGCUGGAAAAUACGUACAAUCUGUGUGAUCAGGAGGGUGAUCUAGGAAAGGAUGUUCUAAAAGGUCCCAUACAGAAUUUGACUGUGGAGUCUGGGAGGAGUUUGGAUGCCAAGACGUAUUCUAAGGAGGACAUCUCUGCAGAUGUGAAUUCUAAUGGAACCUAUGUCCUUCAAAGUGACGGUCCAGAUGCAGGGCCAGAUGUGACCAGUGAAGUGAAGGAGCAGAGCGCGCAUGGCUCUGAUGCCCGGGGCCUCACAAAGACCUCAAGCAGUAGCUGUAAUGAUACGUAUGAGAUGCAGCCUACUGAGGAGAGAGGUUGUGUGAGGGUGGAUCGCCAUGAGGAGGGGGGUACAGAAAAGCUCAACCCCGGCUUGCCCCAGAGAGAGAUUGUGGCCGAAAGCCUGUCUGAUCACAGUGUGAACGGAGCAGAGAAAGGUAUGUUGAGCUUGGAGAACACCCUGGACCUCACGGACAACUUCCUGGUCACCUCCACCCCUAUGCCUGCACGUAAGCUUCCAGAUUUGACUAAAGAAAUUGACUCCGACCCUUCAGAAGUGUGCAAGCAGCUGAUGGACAGCGUAAACAUGUGCUCACAGGCUAUGGUUGAUGGGGUCGACGGGGACGUGCCUUCAUUCCACCCUGCUGCUCUCCCAGUGGACGGGGCUGAUGGGGGCGGGUCUUCAUUGCACCCUGCUGCUCUUCCAGUGGACGGGGCCGAUGGGGGCGGGUCUUCAUUCCACCCUGCUGCUCUCCCAGUGGACGGGGCUGAUGGGGGCGGGUCUUCAUUGCACACCUCUGGUGUCCCAUUAACUGCCGUUAAGGUUGCUGUGCCAAAUCCUCCCGAUUCUGCUGCUCCUGCACCCAGGCAGGAUGCUGCUUCCCGCCGCUUGAGCGUGCCUCUGCAGAGGAGGUCUCUCCUGCCUCCAUUAUCCGGCCUCCGUAACGCCAAAGCUGACCAGCCCCUGGCACAGCCUGCUUCCUCCCGCCGGUUGUCCUUGCCCGCUACCGCAAAGAGCCUAGCUGCCCGCAAGGUGCCAGGCGCUGGUGCCCUUAGUAGCUAUGGGAAGAAGACUGAAGCAGCGUCCAGGUCACCAGCCAAGCAGCCAAAAGCCAGUGUGGAGGCAUCCGCAGUUUUGAAAUUGAGUAAAGAGAAGAGUGCAGUGGCUGACGGCAAGCUUCCUGCCUGUCGCCUUCAGAGGCCCCGAGCUUCCGGGAUACCAGCCCCCUCUUCCUGCACGUCGAGGCUGAGCCUCGGAGUUUCGGGCCGAGCGGAAGCCGCAGAGUUGAAAAGGAAGAGCAUCCCAGCGCCGGCCACCGGCCAGAAGCGGCCGCGGGGAGGCCCACAGGAGUCCCUGUCCGUGUCCAAGCAGAAGAGAGUUGCAGACGUGCCUCCUAGUGACGUGCCAAAGGGCCAAGUCCAUCCAGUCAGCCGUAACUCGGGGCUCCAGAGACCCACAACAGCACUGAAAGACCUUGAAGUGAAGGCGAAUGCCGACACGUCGUCUUGCAGCAGCGGUGGGACUCUGAAGGAAUCGUCUAAACGAGCAGCGGUCACACAGGGCCUGCGGAAGCUGAUGGCUCGAGUCGGAGCCUCUGACCCGAAGCCCAACAAGGCCGCUUGUUCCCUGGAGCAUAGCGCUUCGCAGGCUGGCCUGCUGGUCCCCUCUGUGACGGACAGGCCUGCCCCGGCAGCCGGCGCUGAGCCGACGUCAUUUGCGGGGACAGCGGCGUGUGAGGCAGCAGCCGAAGUAGCGAUUAAGCACACAGAUUGUCAGGACUGUGUCCGCUAUCGGGAGGAGAUUAACAGGCUGAGAUCAGCACUCCGUGCUCUGACUGGAAUUGUGGAGUAGGGGCCUGGAGGAGCGCACCUGAAAAAACGAAGAUCGCUAUUCCAGUAAUUCUGGACAAACUACAUAACACCUCUGAUAUUUAAAAUGGCAUGCAGAGAUGUAUAUCUAACUAGGUGGAAAAAAGAUAUCACCACUACAACCUGUUUUAUUUUUUAUUGUUAAUGAAUGAGGCUCUACUAGAAGUGGAGUUGAUGUUUUACUGUACUUACUAUUGCAGUGCUGAAAUUUUGAAAUCCUUCAAUAAACAUUGUACACAUUUAA